AUGACGCAGCCCAAGUACUACAGCUAUCCGGGCCUCGGCGAAUGGGCCAAGGAGAACUUUCACUACAGCCAAGCCAUCCGAAUCGGCGACCGAAUCCUGUGUUCCGGACAAGGAGGCUGGAACCCAAAGCCAGACAAGAUUGAUUUUGAGAACCUUGUGCCCGAAGACGUCGCCGCGCAGGUCGACCAGGCCUUUGCCAACUGCGACAUGAACGUGCGGCAUGCGGGCGGCGGCCGGGGCCUGGCGCAGGCGUACAAGGUGGUCACGUACGCCACCGACCUGGCCGCUGCGCACGAGCACAUUGUCCGCAAUCUGCGCAGGUGGAUGCCGGAGAACCCGCCAAUCUGGACGGAGCUGGGCGUGGCGGCGCUGGGCGCGCCGGGGAUGAAGUUUGAGAUUGACGUCGAGGCGUACGAUCCCGAGGGCGCCAAGAAGGAGCUUGCGUAG